CUAUAAAAGGAAGAUGAGAGGCUGUGAGGAUGACAGAGCAAGAGCUGGAAACAAACAUCAGUGAAGAAUGAAGGCUUUAGUAUGUAUACUGCUGCUGUUGGAAACCUUUGUGUUUGUCGUCCAGCAGCAGGUAGAUGGAGGACUCAAUGAGAAUGAGAUCAGUCAACAGAUCAGCUCUGAGGACGGAAGACAGAAUCCACCUCAAACAGACACUUUGAGAGCUGAAGCUUCAACUGACAGACAACAAUACUGUGAUCUGGGCAUCCCUGACAUCCAUGCAGCACUGAGAGAACUGACCGCCACCGUUACAGAGCAGAAAGGAAACAUCAGAGAACUGACCGCCACCGUUACAGAGCAGAAAGGAAACAUCAGAGAACUGACCGCCAUCGUUACAGAGCAGAAAGGAAACAUCAGAGAACUGACCGCCACCGUUACAGAGCAGAAAGGAAACAUCAGAGCUUUAGAGACGCAACUGAGGGAUGAGAUGAACAAGAAAAAUGAAGAAAUUUCAAAUCUUACUCUGAGUCAAGUGGAGUUGAGAAAGGAAAAUAGAGACAGAGAAAUAGCUUUUUCAGCUUCACUGAUGGAAUCUGGCGAUGGAUAUAUUGGUCCUUUUACCACUGAAAUCACACUAACCUACAGGAACGUCUUCACAAACAUAGGGAACGCCUACAACCCAAUUACAGGUAUUUUCACAGCCCCACUGAAAGGAGCGUACAUGUUCAGAAUAUCUGUAACUGGUCAUGCCCCAACUGCAGCAACUGCAUCCAUUGUUAAGAAUAGAGAGCGUGUGGUUAUAGCUCAUGGUGAUCAGACUCAGGGAACGUUAAACUCUUCAAAUGGAGUUGUGUUGAUCCUGGAGGUUGGAGAUGUUGUCUAUGUGAGACUUUGGUCUGGCAGGAGGAUAUUUGAUAACCAGAAUAAGCACAACACUUUCAGUGGUUUCCUACUGUUUCCCUUAAGAUAACAGGAGCUUUGAAGGAUG